GUUUUGAUUUAAUUUAAACAGUGCAUCAGCUGCGUAAUUGUACAGUUUUCUCUGAUUCUGUUACUAUUGUUUAUGAAAAUGGAGACCCCAACUACUGAAGAGAAACUAAAACGAUUAUCGUAUGCGGAACUGAAGAAGCACGCCAAGGUUCAUGGUAUUAAAGCAAAUAUGAAGGCUGAAAAGAUUAUUGCUGCUCUCAUCUCUGAAAAUAUAAAUGAGGAUAGUUUCCUUGCUUUGGAACAACAGAUUAUAAAUUCUUCUAAAAAGAAUAAAGAAGAAAAAUUUAACCGUGACAAAGUGGAUUCGGUUAGUGAAACACCUAGGCGGGAUACAUACACAGUUGAAAAUUCAGAAAUAAGAUUAGCUGAGAUUAAUGAGGCUAUUGUGAAAUCAGCAUCUCCAGAGUUGGACAGUUCCAAUGUUACAAUGUCCAGAGGUUCUGAAAGGAUUUUAAGAAAUCGUAAAGUCAGCUUUGUGACUCCCAUAAAGUCUCCUCGAGUGAGCUUUUCAUCUUCAAAAUAUAUUAGCUUAAAGGAUAGACCCAAGACUCCAAUUCCUGCACGAAGCUCCGAAGGCCGUAGAGUGUCUUUUGUUACUCCAAAUAAAACCAAACCUGGGCCCAAACAAUCAUUACCUACUACUCCUCAUCCAAUGGCCUCGAGACAAAAGGCAAGAAUGUCCAAAGAUGUUAUUUCUGAGAAAUUGAAUGAGACUCCACAAAAUGUUAUUCUUGAAGUGGUUGAUCAAGCUUCUGUUGAAGAGAACACUUGCAUAAAGCAGGAUGAUCCUUUAAAAGGUGUAUCAAGUGAAGUUGCUAUUGAAAUAACAGGACCAGAAGAUUCCCAGAAGGAUACUGCUGAAGAAAAGGAUGUCAGCAUUGUUGAAAAUUUGAUUCCAUCAUCGGGCUCUGUGAAACGUAAACGACCUUCCAGUCCAAAACAAUCUGGUAAGAAAGGAAAUGGUCGUUUGCAAUUGUCGAAUCGUAAGAAAAUUUUGACUCCAAACUUUAAAGCAAUCCAUGCAAAAAAUUUCCAAAAAAUGGAAUCCAUUGUUGAUUAUCAGAAGAGAAAAGCGGAACGUUCAGCGAAAAAAUUUGGAAAAAAUGUUUCAUUGCAUUCCAGGAUGGUGUCGACUCCAACAAUCAAAAAGACUCUUCCAAAACCUCCCAAUCAUCAUGCUGGGUUGUCAUUUAUACCUACCAUUACAGUGACUUCAAAAAUGAAUUUAGACUUUUCAUCUGUGGCUUCAAAAAACAAGAAUUCUUCAAAAGAAAACUCAAAACCAGUAUUUGAAGCGAAAGGCACAAAAGUAGAGAAUGCAAUAAAAAGUUCAGUUUCAAAACCAGGACCUAAGGAAAAAAAGAAUAUGAAGUUUGAUCUUAAGGCAAGUCUAAUGAAAAAGCUUCCAUACAAGCCUCACAGUGGACCUUUAAAGCCAGUUGAAAUUAAUUUGAAUAAUACCAUGAAUUCUAGCAUGUGCUUUCAUAAAAAUGCAGAAACCCAAAAUAAUACAGUGCAACAAACAAGGUUCAAAUCCCGAGCCUUUUUGAGAGGAGUUCGCACAAACCGCAGGUUUGAGUUGCAGAUGUCUAAAAGAUCUUGAAGAUGUGUUUUAACAAUAUUUUUACUUGCUUUUAUUAUCUCCAUUUGUGUAUUGUAUACAAUUAUUUUUAGGAUUGAACAUAUAUAUAGUACAUUUUUGUAUGUUUUAAAACAGUUGUAUAUUUUC